AUGUUCAGUACUCAGGACAGUCCUGUUGUCGUUCUUGACAUGAAACACCAUACCUUCACGUCACUGGAUUUCACCAAGAUCAAAGACAAGCCGCACCAAAUAGUCAAAAUCCCCCGAUGGAAGAACAGUGUCCCCGUCUAUUUGCCCGGGCCAGCGAGUCAACAAGAGGAGUACGUCGCAACAGUCAAUUUCCGUCACUUGGGGUUUGGAUAUAAUGUCCAGCGAGCCCUCGGAGCCAACCAGCAGCUCUACGUUCUCACUGCAUGA